CCUUUUACAGUCUCCUACCUACGACAUAGCCUAGUACUCUAAACGUCAUUUAUUGUAGUCCAUACUUUGUUGUUCAUGUAAGAUUUUAACCUCGAACCACGGCAGCCUGAUAUCGCGGCCAGACUUAAGUAGACUCGCAGCCUAUCUGAUAUGAUAAUGACUGACGAUCAGAUCAUUUUAAUGUUCGCUGUGACUCGAUCAUAUAUGUAGUACAAAGCCUACGAUCGGACUCCAUCAUCUCUACCCGCAAUGAGGUACUUCUCAACCCGUGGAGGCUUAGCAGAGCUGUCUUUCGAGGAGAUCCUCUCCCUCUUCAUCUCUGCAGAUGAAAUCUCUGCAUCAGAUCUCUCCGCACUCGUCCAUGCCACGUACAAUGACUCUGCAUGGCGCCAUCCUGAUAUAGCCCCGCUUCAACCACUCACCACUCACCAGCCUUGCCGCAAGUACGUCCUAGAGCUAUUCCAUGGCCCCACAUAUGCCUUCAAGGAUGUCGCUCUCCAGCUUCUGGGCAACCUCUUCUCUUACUUCCUCCAGCGCCGCAAUAAAGCAAAAUCUCCUGGAGAGGAGAGGGAGAAGCUGACCGUCGUGGGCGCAACGAGUGGUGAUACUGGGAGCGCGGCCAUAUACGGGCUGAGGGGCAAGCCCGAUGUGUCCAUAUUCAUUCUGCAUCCAAAGGGUCGCGUCAGUCCGGUCCAAGAAGCUCAGAUGACGACCGUCACGGAUGAGAAUGUGCAUAACAUUGCCGUGAAGGGAACCUUCGAUGACUGUCAGGACAUCGUCAAAGCCCUCUUUGCUGACACCGCCUUCAACGCGAAGCACCACCUAGGUGCCGUCAACAGCAUAAACUGGGCUCGCAUCCUCGCCCAAACAGUCUACUACUUCCUCUCCUACUUCGCCAUCCGCCGCACCCUCCCUAUCGACGCUGAGCUCCAAUUCAUAGCUAUUAUGCCAAGCGCUAUGGGCCUGCCGAUGGCUAAGCUCGUCAUCGCCACCAACGCCAACGACAUCCUCACCCGCUUCUGGAAGACGGGGCGAUAUGAGAAGGUGGACUCGGAUUCGUCCUCGGCCGCGGUUGGAGGAGUGGUAGAGACACUCUCGCCUGCCAUGGAUAUCCUCGUGUCGAGCAAUUUCGAGCGCCUGUUGUGGUACCUGGCCUUCGAGAACGUACAGAACACCAACCCCGGAGGGGACUUGCGCGAGAAGGCUUGCCAAACGGUAAAAGACUGGAUGGACAAUGUGAAGUCUGUAGGGCGCAUCGUCGUGCCCGAUUCAGUGCUUGAGGUGGCAAGGAGGGAUUUCACGGCUGAGAGAGUCGAUGACAAUCAGAUUCGUCAAACAAUCCGGGAGUACUACACUUCCACGCCUAAAUCCUACACCGCCGACCCACACACAGCAGUAGGACUGCACGUCGCAGGUACCCUCUCGCCCCCACCCAACACCGUCCAAAUCAUCCUCUCCACCGCGCACCCCGCAAAGUUUUCCGAGGCGGUUACGAGCGCGCUGGCUGGCGUGCCUGGCUUCGACUUUGACGCGGUGCUUCCAGAGGCGUUCAAGACGCUGCUGACGAUGGAGCGCCGCGUGAUUGAUGUUGAAAGGCCUGACGUGGAGCUUGUGAAGGGCGUUGUAGAACAGUUCGCGGUGAUGUAAGUGUUUGAUGGUGUCGGGUGCCCUGACGCGGGCGAUCAAAAGCAACGUUUGUUGCACAAAAUAAAGGCUUAUCUAGAUGCGAGUCCUGUAUACCAGUGAUAGCAAUUGUGCAUUAUCAAUAUAGGAGGGAAGGUGUCCCCCCUGUCCAAUA